UCACUUCUAUGUUCACAAAGUUGCGGUUACAAGCUAAAAGUAAUUUAUACACAAAAAAUUUAGUGAUUCAUUUUACGCACAUAAUUUAAUGAAAAGUAUAAAAAGUGAAAGAGUGCCGAUUAAUAAUUAAACUUCUUUUCUAGAAAAUACUAGGAAUAGACGAAGAAAGUAUACCUCAAUAAAUUAUACAUUGAAAUUUAAGCUCAAUCAUGUCGAGCACAUCCCAAAAGCAUAAAAAUUUUGUAGCGGAACCGAUGGGUGAUAAACGAGUUACGGAGCUUGCCGGUGUUGGUGAGGUUUUGGGCAAGAGGUUAGAAGCUGCGGGUUUUGAUAAGGCAUCUGUGGUACUCGGGCAAUUUUUAGUUUUAAAGAAGAAUGAAGAACUAUUUCAAGAGUGGAUGAAGGACGUGUGUUCCGCAAAUGCGAAACAGUCGCAUGAUUGUUAUCAAUGUUUAACUGAUUGGUGUGACGAAUUCCUAUAAUCUAAUAACCAACUUUUAUAUGAUACAAUAAUUUUCCAUUUAAAGUAAUUUUUAUCUAUUUUGUAAACGUAAAUACUUGACUUUUAUUUCUAUUUAGACGAGACUGUAUGGCGUAUGUGCUAAAUAUAGUGACUUAUUGACUCUACAUAAACAUAAAGUGUACACAACAAAGACUUAUUUUUUAAUGUGUUGUAAAAACGAUUUUAGUAAAAAAAAAAAAAAAGGAAGCAUUAAAGAUAAAAUUUAUGACAUUUUAUUAUAAAAUAUAAAUGCUAUUGAAAAUAAUAAAUAUUAAACUAGAUUGUAUACAAAUGUUUAGAGAAUAAUGAAUAAGAAAUACUAUUUUAUAAAAUAAAUUUUAAAGAAAUA